GUUUCUCUUCUUCUGUCUCUGUCCGCACUAUCCUCUCAACGAUCGUCUUCCAUUUUCUCUCAUUUUCCAGAGCUUUCAUCUUCCCCUCAUUUCUCGCUUCCACGCUAAUUUUUCCCUUCCAUUCUCAAUUUUCUCGUCGUUUCUCUGUUGCUUCUUUACCUGAUUUCUUUCUCGUUUUGAGCUUGAUUGUUGUUCCCUGAAUAAAUUCCCGGGUUGAACCAUCGUACAGAGCUGAACAAGUCUUCAGAUUCGCCGGGAAUUCGAACAAGGGACUGGUUCUUAGCUUUCUCUGUUCGAAUUCUUUGGAAUACCGUCAAAAUCAUAGAUACUAUUCUCAAUGUUGCUGUUAAGCGCUUUGAGAUGCUUUUGUUGAUGAGAUCAGAUGGUUUAUGAAAUGGACAGCUCAGAGAUAUAAAUUUGGAUCAUUUUACCACUUGAUUUUGAACUUGGCAACUAAGGAAUUAUUUGAAUUUGUGUGAAAUCUCAAAUCUGCUUUUGUGAUUACUCAUUGUGGAGGGUGGAACAAAAUGGGUCUUGGUCUUAUUUCUGCUGUUUCAAAACUGCAAAUGGUGUCCACUUCUGACCAUGCCUCCAUAGUUUCCAUGAACUUGUUUGUGGCACUUCUAUGUGCUUGUAUAGUCCUUGGCCAUCUUCUUGAGGAGAAUCGUUGGAUGAAUGAGUCUAUCACUGCCCUUGUGAUUGGUGUCUGUGUUGGCGUAGUUAUUUUGCUGUUUAGUGGUGGUACAAGCUCGCAUAUUCUAGUUUUCAGUGAAGAUCUUUUCUUUAUAUACCUUCUCCCGCCUAUAAUAUUUAAUGCCGGGUUUCAGGUGAAAAAGAAGCAGUUUUUUGUUAACUUCAUGACCAUCACGAUGUUUGGUGCUAUUGGUACAUUGAUAUCUUGCACCAUCAUAACUUUGGGUGCUACGCAAGCUUUUAAGUGGAUAGAUGUUGGUCCACUGGAAGUGGGGGAUUUACUAGCAAUUGGUGCAAUAUUUGCUGCUACAGAUUCUGUUUGCACAUUGCAGGUGUUAAAUCAAGAUGAGACACCUUUGCUGUACAGUCUUGUAUUUGGGGAGGGUGUUGUGAAUGAUGCUACAUCAGUGGUGCUUUUCAAUGCAAUCCAAAGCUUUGACCUCAAUCAAAUUAAUUCUUCAAUUGCUUUGCACUUUUUGGGCAACUUCUUGUAUCUGUUUAUCGCAAGCACAUUGCUUGGGGUUUUGACAGGUCUUCUCAGUGCUUACAUCAUUAAAAAGCUAUACAUUGGCAGGCACUCUACAGAUCGUGAGGUUGCUCUUAUGAUGCUAAUGGCAUACCUUUCCUACAUGCUGGCCGAAUUAGCUUAUCUGAGUGGAAUUCUCACCGUAUUCUUUUGUGGGAUUGUUAUGUCUCAUUAUACUUGGCAUAAUGUGACUGAGAGUUCAAGAAUCACUACCAAGCACGCCUUUGCUACCUUGUCGUUUGUUGCUGAGACCUUCAUCUUCCUUUAUGUUGGGAUGGAUGCCCUGGACAUUGAAAAAUGGAAGUUUGUUAGUGAUAGCCCUGGAACAUCUGUAGCAGUGAGUUCAGUAUUGUUGGGUCUAAUACUUCUUGGAAGAGCAGCUUUUGUUUUCCCUUUGUCCUUCUUAUCCAACUUGGCUAAGAAAUCGCAGAAUGACAAAAUCAGCUUCAGACAACAAGUGAUCAUUUGGUGGGCUGGUCUUAUGAGAGGUGCUGUUUCUAUGGCACUCGCUUAUAAUCAGUUCACCAUGUCGGGGCAUACUUCACUGCGGUCCAAUGCAAUCAUGAUCACGAGCACCAUCACUGUUGUGCUUGUCAGCACAGUGGUUUUUGGUAUGCUAACUAAGCCACUGAUAAGGCUUUUACUACCGCAUACUGAUACUAAAACAGACAGCAUGGCUUCCCUAGAUCCAUCUACUCCAAAAUCAUUCACUGUCCCACUUCUAGGAAGUGCCCAAGAUUCUGUAGGCGAUUUCGAUGCCCAUGAAAUUCGUCGUCCAAGCAGCAUCCGUGCCUUGCUUUCCACUCCAACACACACCGUUCAUCGUUUAUGGCGCAAGUUUGAUAAUUCAUUCAUGCGUCCUGUUUUUGGCGGCAGAGGUUUUGUUCCCGUAGAACCUGGCUCACCAUCUGACCGCAGCAACGGUCAUCAAUGGCAUUGAGAAGAAGAAAGGCCAAUAAAUGUGUUAUUGUGUAUUUUUGUAAACUACGUUCAAUUUGUGAAGAUGAAACAGUGUAUUUGUAAGAAACCAGUAACGAAAUUUUGUUUAGUUCUUUGGGUAGCUAGAACUGAGAAGGCUGUGUACUGCCAUUACCACUUCCAUAAGCCAUCUCUGGUUUUCUUGAAAUAUUUGAUUCGUAUUGUACUAUAUGUUUGAAUACCUGAUGCUAACUUAAUAUAUUACUGCCACUAAAAAGUUUGUGAA